AUGGAAGGUGGCACGAAACCCUCCGACGGCCUGCGACGACGACGCACCCUCAGCAGCAUAGAACUCACCCUCACGACUCCUGGCGCCGGCGCCGGCGUCGACUGCCUCAAUCCGGCCUCGUUGACCUCGUUGGUCUCGCACGACGAGACCUGCUCCGUCGCCACCGUCACCGGCGGCCAGCGACGGGCCGCCCACGAGGCGGGCGCUUCUCUCGCCUGCGCCGUUGUCAAGCGGGACUCGGUGACUGAGGCUCUGAUUAAGACGGCCAUGGCCUGUCUGGUCGCCGUGCCGACGGGUUCUGGCGUCGUCGAGGCGUCGACGGCGGGUGCAACUGGGCGACUGCUGUUGCCACUCGAGGCGAAAGUGAACGCUGCCUGUGCUCUCGUCGAGACUUUCUACCACAAAGGUCUGCUCGGCGUCGUCUCGAGCCUCUUCUCAGCCGAGUUGCUCGACACGGCGCGCUACUUCUGCCAGUGGGCCAAACUGUCGGCCAAAUGUGAGCUGGCCCACGAGGAGAUUGAGUUGAUGCACAGUCUGUCGGCGUUGCGCAGGCAACAGAUGCUGAAACAG